UAAUUUUCAUCAUAAACGAAACGCGAUGUCUCAUCAUUCUAGUUCAAAUAAAUCCUUCAUAAAAGUAACGCAAUUUUCUUUGGAUUUUCUUUAGAGUAGUGCUAAGUCUUAUAUGAUUCGUUAUUUUCUUUGUCAUGUCUGCACACCACUUAUCUGUGUUUACCAACGUGCCUAUCGACCUGUAUUUUAUCUUUUUAGGAUCACUUCAGGACUCAGUUUAUUGCAAAGCUUAAUGCGGCUAACACUGUUUUGGAAUCAGUAGAGCGAGCUGGAAGAGAGGACCUCAUGUUAUAUAAUUAGUCAUUUUAAGUAUUGGAUCGAUAUUUAAGAUUAAGUUGUUUUCGGUGGUAACGUCGUCGUAGUCUAGUGGUUCCUACUAUCAUUUCAGUCAAGAGGGUCACGAGCUCGAAUCCCUCUGCAAAUCAAGAACACAAUCUAGAAGAGUGUGCUGUCCUCAAUGCACGAGGUUGAGUGUCCCCCUGAUCCGGUGAAUUGACGCUCAUGCAAACAACAUAAACCCUCUCUAUCGGUCCUAAUCAAUUUUGGAGCAAUUGUUUAUAAUAGCGGACGACAUUUCCACAUCGUGUUUGAAUAUCUCAGCUCAUAAACGUGCUCUUCACUGUCGAACCUCUACCGGCACGACUCAGCCCUUGCAACGCUAUAGAUAGUAUCAUCAGGUUGGAAUCCACUAGGAGUUUAAUUGGUGUGGAUUUAGAAGGAGGUUAAUCACAAUGUCUUCACCCGAUCCCGUGUACCAUACCUUACAACCUCCCGACGACGUCAACGAAGAAAGCAACGAGCUUGAAGUGGGACUUGACGAUCAGGAAGAUGAUCACGGUAUUGACGGCGAUAUGACGAGUAGGAUUCGGUCAUCGAAUGGUUGUUCAACUGACUUACCGACAAGGAUUGUAGAAAACCCACCGCCUUACGAGCCUACGCACCAAGACAAUCUCCUUUCAUACGAUGGAAGUUUUCCAAUGGCCUCAAUGUCAAGAGAUGCAUACGGUAUGGACGAUGAUGAGGACUUUGACGACGAUGACGAAAAGAAUCCUCCUAAAUGUGGCUGGGGAAGGUUUACUCCGAGUUGCAUGAGUGUAUGCAUGAAUGUGAAAGCCUACCUGCUCGUCUACUCCCUGAUUGGUAUAAUCCAAGUGAUGACGUCAUAUGGGAUGGUAUCUAUUGCUGUAACAACCAUUGAGAAACGCUUCCAGCUGACCAGUUUUCAAAGUGGAAUCAUCCUCAGUGCAUACCAGUUCGCCAGCAUGACAUUUACCAUCUUUAUCACGUAUAUUGGCGAGCAGCGUCACAAACCUCGCUGGGUAGGUGUAGGAUCUUUGUUUCUUGCCUUAGGUUCUAUCAUCUUCACCCUACCUCAUUUCUUAAGUGAUUUUUAUAACCCAGAGGACCAUACCGGUGAUGGAUCCAUCAAUCCAGGGGUGUGUCCAAUGGUCAAUCUCAGCAUGGGUGUGACCAAUGGAAAACUCGACAUAUGCGAUAGCGGGAAUACAACAGAAAUCGGAGGUGAAAGCGGUGAAGAUCCUUCGAGAUUCUUAUGGUUCUUCAUCUUAGCUCAGAUCUGUAACAGCCUUGCUGCUGCCCCUGUCUUUACCCUCGGCUUAACUUACAUGGAUGACAACCUAUCAUCUAAAACAUUUGGCUUAUACAUGGGCAUUUUCAACGGAAUAAUGAGUUUUGGACCAGCAGCUGGGUAUUUCAUCGGGAGUAUAACACUCUCACUUCAUACCAACUUCUACGCUGAUCUAUCAAGUGUUACCAUCACUCCUGAUAACCCACUCUGGGUAGGUGCUUGGUGGCUUGGAUUUCUCAUCAGUGCUAGCCUUGUUGCUCUAUCGGCAUUCAUAAUUAUGGCCUUCCCUAAAGCCUUACCAGGCAUGAAGAAGAAACAGCGUGAGAAACGUCGACAGGGGAACAAAGGUAGUGAGUUUGUGGUUCGAUCAGGACUUGGUAAUUCAAUACGAGACGCCCCAAGAGCCCUUGUCAAAAUCCUUAGCAAUGCCCCUUUCCUCUUUCUCGCACUGGAAGCAGCAACCGAUUACUUUAUUGGGACGGGUAUCUUUAUAUUUACACCAAAGUUCGUCGAGUCGCAAUUCAAUAUGAACGCCAGAGAUGUCGCCAGAUAUUUAGGUAUCAUGGUAAUGACACAACACUUUCUUGGGUCUAUCGUCAGCGGCGCUUUAAUCAAGAAGUUUGAUUUAAAGUUUGAAGGCCUUCUAAAACUUAGUAUCUGCUCAAUAAUCUGCUCUCUACUACUGGGCCUAUCAUUUCUCAUGCAUUGUCCUAAUCCACCAUUGGCAGGGAUUACAGUGGAAUAUCAAACAUCGAUACCGAUAUCUAGUGAUGAGAUAUCACUCAUCUCACCAUGUAACUCUCAUUGUACAUGUCCUGACUACUUUGAACCUGCAUGCGGGGAAGACAAUGUCAUGUACUUCUCUCCUUGCCAUGCUGGAUGUACCGAAGAUGAAUACGUGGAUGAUGACGGUAAAAAGAUAUACACCGAUUGUCGAUGCAUAGUGCUUAAUAACGAUACGUUCAUAUCUACCUAUGAUGACGUCACAACGGAUAGAAGAGAUCCAUACGGAGGUGUUAAACCAGGGCGCUGCCGAACCUCAUGUAAUUUACAAUGGCUUUUCCUCGCGUUACUUUGGUUUUUUGCAUUCUUUGGGACCAUGACGUCUAUUCCUGCUUGGAUUGCAACAUUGAGGUCCGUCUCCUAUUCACAGAGAGCUUUCGCCCUAGGUGUACAGAGUCUGUUCUAUGGUGGUUUAGGUACUGUUCCAGCACCCAUCGUAUUCGGAUUGAUAAUUGAUCAGGCAUGUAUUAAAUGGGACGAGUCAAACUGCAGUGGGUCUGGGGCCUGUCUAGUCUACGAUAAUCAAGCAUUCUCUAAAUAUUUCCUCAUCCUUGCCUUGUGUUUUAAAUCAGCCUCGUUAGGUUUAUUAGUGCUCUCUCGAUCGUGCUACACCCCUACUGAGGAGAAGCUUGAUGCCAGAGAUGUGUAUGCCGGGCGGUCGAGACCACGACUUCCCACAACAGAACUUUAAUGAUGACUCAAAAGAGGGACUUUAUACUGCUUUAUUCAUUUUUCAGAAGAGACUUUUAGAGAAGAUGGUCUGGCUGAUUCAGAGAACUGGCCUCACAGUACAGACGCUGUUGUUUUUUGUUUUUUUUAACAAGAGAAGAUAGUGGAGUGGAGAGUCGUUCUGAUACUGAAACUGCUGUUAAAACGCAAUCAGACUGUCAGACUUUGAUGGAAUUACUUGUCAUAUUUUGGCUCAUGAUGGCCUUACGAUAUAAUAAGAUACAUAUCUUACAUGUCGUACAGCCUCCGGAGACAGAGACGUGCGCUCACUGUGCAACUACUGUACAGGGAACAUAUCCACUAUUAUUUUAGCUCAUAUUACUGUUGACUAUGAGUCUUUAUAGCACAUAUAAACCCGGAGACUUUUUCGUAAAUGACGUCGUUUCAGGCAGAGUUUUGAUCACAGGGGUGCCUCACGGAGACUGUUUGUUCAAACAUUACUUAGAACCGGGCUUAUAGAAUAACGUAUAUCGACAUUGCAUGUCACUGUUCGAACUCCAGGGGCGGAUCCAGCCUUCGCCAAUAGGGGGGGGGGGGGCGGAAUUUGCUUUCAGCC